CUUGCCGAUUUGGACCUUGAGUGGGUUCAAUGUGCGGAACCCCAGCCCAGUUUUCUCCAGCCUCUUUGUGAUCCGUCCAUAGAGAUGGGCCGCCCGCAUUCUGAUUAAACCUUUCUCCUCGACGCGCAAAGAUCCGCCCGCCAUAUUGUGGAAACGACGACAGCGAGGCCUGUUUGCAUGUUGUAAUGGAUCAACCUGUGCCUCUUUCCUGUGUAACCUAGAUGCUUCUGAUUCUUUUUUUCACCUUUUAUUUUGAUUUUUGGCCAAUCUUGUUAUUGCCACCUCGCAUUUCCUGCACGGCAAACGUUAGCAGCCGCCAUUUGCCCCAUCGCGCGUCAGAAACCGGUCACCUUGCAAAGUUACCUAUAAAGUCUAAACUGAAUUUUGUUCGACAAAGAUUGCUUCGACAAGCGACUGGCAACAGAUACUGCGAGAUACCUGCUCGCUACGACCUGUCGAAUGAAGCGAUGAUUGAUUGACCUGCGGACUCGAAUCUGACUUUCGCGCAUCAUGGAACGCAAAAGGAAGCUUCCCGCCAGGGCUGCUGCGCGCGUCGAGCAAGUGUCUAAAAAGCGGACAGCCACUCCUCCAGAUAAUCGCUCUGCAACACCCGUUCCUACUCCUCCGGCUACAGUCGCCGAAGAGUCUCCCAUACCAGCUCCGGCGGUGCCGCCCUUACCAAAGUCCAUCCAGUCAGGGAAACCUUUACCGACGGUCGGCGAGCCGCAGCCCGACGAUCUCUCGAACAAAGACUACCAAACUAUACAGGAGAGUGGUGUCCUAGCAGAGUCACUCCAUCGUUCCCGUCAAAAAUGGAUUAACGAGGGCAUAUUCGAAAAAUACUGGACCAAGCCCAUAAAGCGAAAGGGCACAGUCAUAGAGGAACCGAAUAAUCCACCAAAAGACAGCAUGUCGAGAAUUGGAACUGUUACCAUUUUCGCCGAGCCUCACGUAUUCGAUGCCACCAUGUUUGCGGUCAAAGACCCCAAGCCACCCGGUCCACUCCCACCUACUCGCCCAAUCAUCCAGUAUGGUCCCCCUAACGGUACUAUGCCGCCGCCAGCUUCAGGUCCAGGCACGGCACCCUCGACUCCUGUAGUCAAGUCGGCCGAUAGUCCAGCUAUGGCCCCCGCUAGUACAGACACACAACAAGCGAAGACAGAAGCACAACAGCGUGACUCUUUGAUACUUGCAUCAAAGACAAACGUCGAACCCUCUCAUUCGCAAGCUCCGGUUGUAGGACCAACCGAUAGUCAGUCUAUUGGGCAACAACCAGAGUCAAAAUACCGACCGGCACCACCUCCACAAGCACAACCAACUCCUCCCCCUCCCGUUGCUGCUACUCCCGUUCCUCCCUCCCAACCAGCAGUCAUGCAGCCGUCUUUUCCAAGCCGGCCGCCUCCGCCACCGGCAACAUCUGGCUCUGCAGCUACCACCCCCGCACCGCACACCCCACGACCCGCUACAGCCCAACCUGCCGGGGCCGACCCCAUUAUUGUUAUGCUGGCGGAGAAGGCUACGGAGGAUGCUCAUCUUCGCGAAUUGAUGAAGCGUGUUGCGCAAGGUCUAGCACCCAAGGACGAGCUGGACCGGUUUCAAGCCAUCAUAGACAAGAUCACCUUGGAGGCAAGGCGGAAAGGCAUAGUAGCGGCGCCAUCUGCUGACAGUCUAAAUGUUGACGGGAAGACGGUGCGGUACUUUGCGGAUGAGGUUCGGACCAUUCUUGACAUAGUCUUGACGACAAACCCGCGCCAGACUUCGGCCGACCUUAGGCCACCAGCAAAGAGCGAUCCGUUGGUCGUAGAGCUGGUGAAAGCGGCUCUGGAUGAGCCAAAAACGCGGGAUUUGGUUCGGAGGAUAGCCGAGAACCGACCCUACUUUGCAGAUGCAACGGAUCUAAAGUUGUUAUUGGACAAGCUCAAACAACGCCUUGUCAAGGCGGCAGAAGAGCAGAAAGCCGCAGGAUCUGCUACUCCGUCGCAAUCAAAGGCCAAGGCUCCCACGAACGGUCAUGGGGCUUCAGCAACACCGCCCGCUCCGCAACAAGCACUGAGGUCAAAGGGCCCACCGCCUGCGCCCAAACCCGACAUAUCAGCUGUGGUCUUGGAGUUUGCGAACGGGACGGGUGACAGAUACCUCUUUCCCAAGUUCAGCAUCCUGGAAUCAGUCCAGGGACCUACGGGGCCACAGAUACUUGCUUCCUUUUUACUUGUCAGAAAAGGGAGCACAUCAGAGUACGGCGGGGACCCCAACCUCGAUUACUACCAACCCAUCACUAUCAGAAUACAGGCUUCUUCACCCAAGUUGCUUGAUAAUCUGACUCGCGUCGUUGCUCCGAGGGACGAGGUCAAAAGAUACAUGGAUGAUAUCAUGGACAACAUGACGCGUGCCGAAUAUGUACUACUGGCGAUGCGCCUCCCCCGACCGGAAAAGGACGAAAAGGACGGCGCCGAGAAAGACGGCACGUCAGGGGCGGCAAACGGGGCAAGUGGGCCAGAAGUCAUCGGCCAGGUGCCAGCACAAGACGGUCCUCUUUGGACAGCAAAGGCAACCGCGGCAGCAACUGCAUCGCAAAAGCCUGACAAAAAGGUUGCUGGCGAAGAUGAAGAGUAUCAGAAGUUUAUCGCGUCGGUGACUCCCAUGGAGGUUGAUCAAAGCUAGUUUGCAGCAGGGGGUAUUUUCGAUUUGUACGAGCACUCGUUGUUGGUCUAGAGCGCCAUCGUAUCGUUUCAUCUAUGUUGGCUCGAGCGUAACACUGUCAUCUAUCGAAAUUGGGGAGCCUGGGCGCGUGGUGUUUUUAUAUGGGCUUCGGCAUCACACAUGCUUGAAAUGCUUAUGGGGCUUUUUCGAUUGUUUUUUUCAGGCGAUUUUUAAUCAUUAUCAGAAUUCAUUGGCAAUUGCUCUAAAGAUGGAGGCUUUGCGCAAGGUUGAGUUUCAGUGGUUUUGGCAGCCAUAUGUCAAAAGUCGACAAAGCUCCGCCUCAUUUGAU